GCAUCCCUGGCCUCUCUGUCAUCACCCCUACAUGACCCUGAAUUCCCUAAAAUGCUUAAUGACAGUAUUCCAAGAGAAAAUGGUGACUCCACUACAGGAAUUCACAGUAAAGUUACAGAAGCUUCCGGAGCCCUUAUGGAUCAAGAGAAUACCUCUGGAGCUGCUGCCAAAACCCAAAUCAAGGACAUUUAUCUCACAUCACCGAGCAACAACAAUGGCAGCAAACAUAUUCUUUCUGGCGGAACCAACAUAGAUUCAGACACAGAGCCCAACGCUACACCCCUGACACACUCUCAGACUCCUUUUCCCAAGUCUCCAGAAGAGACGAAUCCUCUUAAUCCAAGUGAUCCCACAGAGGUAUUGGCAUGUGCAUCAGAGACUUCAGCUGAAGAGGAGAAGCAGCUUUCAGAGACGUCAACCGACCAAGGAUCCUCAACUUCAGACAGACGAGACACAUCGGUUCAAGAAGAGCCAUCAGCUUUGGAGAACAAGGAGACGUCCGCUGAGGAAGAACAGACAUCAACUGAGGAAGAACCGGCGACUUCAGACAAACCAGAGGUCUUAGGAGCGCAGUCAUUUCAUCCUCCAGGACAUCAAGGCAUCUUAGAAACACAAUCUCCUGAAACAACACCCGAGCCAGCAGGCCAAACAACAUCUGAUCUGGCAACUGACACUCCAACUGAAAUAAAAGUUCACCUUGAGAGAGAGUUAUCGGGUCCCACAUUGCUGGAUGAGACAGUACUGUUGAUGGACACCACUAGUCAAAUUGUGAUCGCGGCUGGGCAAAGAAACAAGGAGGUCGAUCCAAUGAAGAACUUCUCCAGUGAGGAAUCUGUGAGUAAACCGCGAGGAAGUGCCAUGGAGGAACUGAAGGAGGAAGAGGAAGAGGAAGAUGCGAUGGAAGAACAAGAACAGGAAGCUGGCCAAAACUCUCUCCAGGGGAACGGUGAGGACGACGACAAGAAAAACGACGGCCAUCAAAAGGCAAAGUACAAAACCGUGUCAUACAGAAGGAUCCGGAAAGGCAACACCAGACAGAGGAUUGAUGAGUUUGAGUCCAUGAUCAACUCCUGAGUAUGGAAGGUUGUCGGUUCAGUGGGUUUGGUUCGAUUUACAGCAAACACUCUCUAUGAUGCUAGGAGGCAUGUUGGUUUUGAGUUUCCAUAACCAAAAGGUCACUUGUUCAAUUUAGAGCGGCCAUGUGUUUGUCAAAGUGUCCUUGGGCAAAGCACUAAACCCUAAACCUACCCUCUUAUUUUGCCAUAAGUCUCCCUGCAUAAGAUCAACUAGAUGUCCAGAAUAUCAAGGAUUUACAAAUUAGACACUUUUGAUGUUUAUAAAGAAGUUCUGCAGUAGCUGUACUCAAAAAAACUGAAGAGUGACACCCACCUCUAAUAAAAAAAAGAAGGAAAUAGAUGCUGUGUCUAUUUUUUAUACCUAAAGUGCAACCUGAAACUACUUUUUUUUUCAUUGGCACUUCUUUUUUGUGCAGCCACUGCUGUAGUUUAUUUCUGCCACAUGAGUAGCAUUUUGGCGAUACAAGUCCUGAGAGCUGAGAGCAAGCUCCACUAAUCAAAAGUUAAGACCCAGUUAUUGCAGGGGCAUAAAUUUUCUAUGAUGACUGUUAUCUAUUUAAAAUGUAUGCAAAUGUUUGGCCCAGAGUAUGUUGAAUUUAAAUGUGGGAAGUAAUCAUUGAGUCAGCUCUUGAUCAGUAAUGCAGCCAGCCCUCUGAUAGAUAUAUUUUAUCCUGUGGGGCCAUAUAAAUCUUACUUAUUGCUCAUUUAGAAUUAAAACCAAGUUGAUAAACUCACUAAUUUGUAUUUUAUUUGCAUAUGUUCAUCGGUAUAGACACUGAACCAAACCCACCUUAUGAUCAGACAAGACAGGUUAAGAAUCAGUUUAAGUAGAAAACUAAUAAUAAACAGCAUCUAACAGUACUGGAUAGAUAGGCCUAAUUAACAUAAUGUUUAUGGAAUAUCAUCACUUAAUGUAAUUCUAAACUGCAAAAAUAAAUAUAAUAUUUCUCUUAACAAUAUAUUCUAGGGAAGGAAAUUUGACUAGCAGUGACUGAUAUUUUCCAGUGUUGGCUGCUGCUGAAUUUUUCACAACAGCAGCCAGAAUUUGAAUAGGCCUAAUUUCUAAUGACAGUGGAAAAGCCUUACACACCACCCUGGUGUAAUGUUAUUUAGGUAUACAUAGGCUACACUAAAGCCAUAUAGCUGUAAAAUAUAACUUGAUUAACAGUUGGCUCAUAAAUGUUUUCUAGUAAAUGUAGACUCUGAUUGUAUUUGUUGUGUAUUUAUGAUUGAAAUAAAUGGCUCAUAAAAAGUGAUUUCUGUG